GGUUAGCCCUACUAACAGUGGUUAUAUGUCCUAAACACUUAUCCAGGGUACACAAAAAAAGGGACAUCUGGAUUAAUCGCCAGCAUGGGUUUCCAUCCUGCACUUUUGUGUGUUUUUGUAAUCAUGUCUUGUUCAUUAAUCGUGGAAGCGAGAAAUCCUAGACAGUCAUUGUGUGAUAGCCAGACUGCUGUUAGCACUGUUUCUGACGGGAACCAUACGAUCCCCCGUCAUUGUAGGAGAGGUAGAAUGACGUGGCACUACCCACAAGGAAACAUGAUCCUCCACUUCCACCCGUUCAACCCCCACAACAGAACUAUCUGGGUUUGUGUACAAAAUGAUAUAGCAGAAGUUGGUAUGGCCGUGUCAGACAUGACAAGGAGGAGUGAGCGAGAGCUUCCAGACAUUGGGGAUGGCUUCGCGAUUUGUGUACCAACUGUUGAUGACCGGCUUGACUUGAAAUGGGUCGCAUUACAGGAAAUGCGAUACAUGGCUGCCCUUCGUUACACGGUAGUAAAGACCCCACGUUAACUGAUCGAUGAGAUCAUUAUGAAUUCCAGACAUCACGUAUAUACUGGGUAUAUGUGUUCGUUGAUCCAAACAAUUAAACCAAACACUCUAUAAUGAUA